AAAAAAAAUCUUUGUUUGGUUAGAUAAAUUUUUGUUGCCCAAAUCUCGGAGACAGAGCACUGCCAUGGACGAGGGAGCGCCCAAGCUCGGAAUCAAUGAGUCAUGCAGGGAGGGCAUAUCGGCGCUAUCCGUUUCUGCAUCGUUGCCGUCUUCCACCUGCGAAUCCUUGGAGAACAAAUCUGAUUCAGCUGCCAUCCCGUCGGCUAGGUUUCCCGCUCGAAACGCCUCUUCAAAAUACGAUUUUGUCAAGGUCAAAGUGUGGUUGGGGGACAAUGCUGAUCACUAUUAUGUUCUCUCCAGAUUUCUUCUCAGCAGGAUGCUGACCGUCACAAAGAUCCCCAAUCAUGUUGCUAUCAAAAUUGCUCUUGAACUGAAGAAGCUUCUCAUAGACAACAGCCUGCUUGAUGUUUCACAAUCAGACUUGGAAGCUAAUCUUUUUAAGCUCAUGGAGAGACGGGGAUAUGGAGAAGAGUACAUUAAUCGUUAUAAGAUGAUGACCAGAUUUCAUCACCAACGAGUGCCUUUAGUUAUUCUCGUGUGUGGAACGGCUUGCACGGGAAAAUCCACAAUCUCCACGCAACUUGCGCAACGGCUUAACUUGCCCAAUGUGUUACAGACAGAUAUGGUAUACGAGUUACUGCGGACAUCAACUGAUGCUCCCUUAGCUGGUACACCAGUCUGGGCACGGGAAUUUAAUUCCUCAGAAGAACUCAUUACAGAAUUCUGUAGGGAGUGUAGAAUUGUGAGGAAAGGCUUGGCUGGUGAUUUGAAGAAGGCAAUGAAAGAUGGGAAGCCUAUUAUUAUUGAGGGAAUUCAUUUGGAUCCAAGCAUCUAUCUAAUAGAUGAAGAGAAAAGAGAAAUCUCUACUGUUCAUAACGAGAACGAAGUACAUGGAAAUGCCAAUGGUGAUUUUUCUGCUGAAGAAAAGAUGAAAAAUGUUUCCACCAGUGAACUCAACUCAACAAGCAUAGAUAAGGAAAAUAAGGAUUGCUCAUAUGAAAGGGAAGGCAUUGAGAUCAACAAUUCUAUUCCCCAGAUUUUGGAUAAUAAAAAAUGUCCAGAGAAUCUGAGACAUAAAGACUCAAAUAAUGGAGAAAAAGAUGAAGGUCCAAAAGAUUCAGAUAUUAGAAACAAUUAUCCUGUGAAUAAAGUGAAGCCUGCUGUUGAUCCUAUUAUUGUUCCUAUAGUGUUAAAAAUGGCUGAAUUUGAUCACAAGGCAUUAUUGGAGGAGUGGAUAUCCACCCGAACAUAUGGGGAAAAAUGUCCCGUCCAGGAUCAAGAUAAGUUGAUUCACAAUCUUAAGAACAUUCAGAACUAUCUUUGCUCCUUUGAAUCACAGGGCUUGACAGUAGUCAACAUUUCUGCAACAACAUUUCCUCAGACAUUGGAUCGUCUGCACAAUUAUCUUCUCGAGUGCAUUGAGCGUGGUGUUUCUGCUGCAUCUUCCACUUCUCAAAUCCAAUCUGAAGAAACUAAAUGCCCUCCUCCCAAGUAAAAGAACCUGUUUUUGUCUGUUGUUUCUUAUAAUCCAUAUUUUAUAAGUGCUAUGAGUUAGCAGCAUUUUAGCAUAAAAAAAAUUGAGUAAAAUAUAUAAAUAAUGUAAAAUGUAAUGUAAAUUUGUAAAGUUAAUUAGCUUUUUGGUGCCU